AGACUUCGAGUGAGGCGCGCCUAAGAGAAGCCCUCCGACGAAGGACCCAGCUAGGACCGAAAUUCAAAUUUUCAAAACAAGCCCUUGGAGUGCAGAAACAUGUCCGAUCGUCUUGGGCUACGGAGUGGAUAACCAUUCUUUUUCUAAAAUCGGUGUACAACUAUAUACAAAUAAAUAAACCUUCAAUAUCAACACAACAUAGUCGCACUUCAGUUGUGCAUAUCAAUAUUUCGGAUCUGUUUAAUGUGAACGAGGAGAAAAGUAACUCUCAUGUUGGUGUUUGGCUUCACAGGUUGUAAAUAUUAGUUUAUCAUGGGUGGCACAGAUGCUGGGGAAAAUGGGAGCUUGUCUCCGGACACCAGAAAGGGAUCCGAAGCGCCCAAGCCUCCUUGUUCCGUUGAAGACUUCACGAUUGUGAAACCCAUAAGCCGCGGGGCUUUCGGGAAAGUAUACCUGGCGAGAAAGAAAAGCACCUCGAAGCUCUACGCUAUAAAGGUUGUCAAGAAAGCAGACAUGAUCAUUAAGAACAUGGUAGACCAGAUGCAGGCCGAGAGAGAUGCCCUGGCUCUCAGUAAAAGCCCCUUUGUUGUAAAUUUGUAUUAUUCUUUGCAAACAUCUAAAAAUAUUUACCUGGUAAUGGAGUACCUCAUUGGGGGAGAUGUUAAAUCUCUUCUUCAUAUAUAUGGUUACUUUGAGGAAGACAUGGCAGUUAAGUACAUCUCGGAAGUUGCACUAGCUUUGGACUAUCUUCACAGACAUGGCAUCAUACACCGGGACCUGAAGCCAGAUAACUUGCUUAUUUCUAAUAAUGGACACAUAAAGUUGACCGACUUUGGUCUGUCCAAAGUGAACCUUAAUAGAGAGAUAAGCGUGCUGGAUAUCAUGACAACACCAUCCCUAGUAAAGCCGAAACAAGAUUAUUUUCGUACCCCUGGACAAGUAUUGUCACUUAUAAGCUCAUUGGGCCUUCACACCGCUGAAAGGAGGGCAGCAGUAACUGCUUCAGCACUUGCAAGCCCCUUGACUUGGGAGAAUAUGCAGCGUUUUAGAGGGUCGUCGUCUCCUUGCUCUCCAAUGCUGAAAAGAAGCAAAGAACCCUUUCAUCAUUCUCCUGUUUGCAGUACCAAAACACGCCAGAUAUCUCGCCCUGUGAGUUCCACUUUCAGUCCUGGUGUUCCAGCUAAGUGUCUCACCCCAAAGUUCUUGUCGAGAAAAAGGUCUGCAAUCUCCAGUGCCAGCAGCCAGUCCUACCUCUUCCCUUCCACCACAGAUUCAGAAAGCUGCACCAGUCCACUGUGGGAGGCUGAUCUGGAGGAAACAGAGGGAAUAGAGAACUUGCCAAAUCCUCUUGGCUGUGAUGGAAUUGCCACGGUAAUGCCUGAACAAUGUAUUGCAAUGAAGUUACCCAGGAGCAACGGAAUUAGUGACUUAAAGAAAGUGGAUAGGCAUUCCGUGCUUGCGCCCAUCGAUAAUCUUGAGAGAGGAAACCCUGAAUGCAGCUCAAAGGGUCAAUGCAGAAAAUUCCUUUGUGAAAGUGAGAACUCGGAACAAAAAACGCUGCAGUUUAACAAAACAGAGUCUGUUACAACACCAAAAAGAAAUGCAGCUAAUCACCAAACACCACGCCAAGUUACUUCUCAUUGUAUGUCUGCUGCUGCUGAUGGUGACACUGGUCUCCAAGAAGAGCAUGGUAAGAAGAUGGGAGCUGGAAAAAGAGGCUUUGAGCUUGUAGGCAAAAGUCCUGACCAGGUUUCUAAUCAGGGUAAGAGAAGCAAUGCUGAGUAUAAACGAGGAUGUCGACUACCAGAAGGAAAGUCUAACUUCAGCACCGGCUUAACCAUGGAGAUAGAGGCUCUAAUGCUUCAAGGCAUCAGAAGCGAGACAGCUGAAGAGGAAAAUGCAGUGAGCUCCAGCCAUGUUCCUGUUAUUAAAAACCUGCUGUGUGAGCUAGAUGAAACCAGUGACAGAGGUAACCUCAAAGAAGCUAUGAACUCUAGUUUUUUGUCGGUGGAAGAGAAUGAUAGACAGCUGAGGAGAAAUCUGAGUCUGGGCUCUGAUUGCUCGCUUAAUGAGAUGUCAUUUAUCGAAAACCAGCUUGAAAACGAAAUAACAGAGCUGGAUAAAAGCAUAAAAGAUGUGUCCUUUGAGAAUUCCACAGCUGAAGACAGUGGAGGCUCAUCAGUUUAUAGAAUUGACAGUGUACCUGCUGCCGAUGGUCCAAACUCUCUUGACCUCACUGAGGAGCGUAUCACAAAAAGCAACACAGAAAACUUUUUUGAUUGCCAGCCAUUGCAAUCCUCAGUGGCAAUGAAACCUCCAGCCAUCUUAAAACACAGGAACGUUGUGGUAUUUCGAAGUUACUGCAGCUCAAUAAACAGGUCAAAUGUGUCGGCUGCCUCGCGAAUGAGCAUGGGCUCCAUGGAAGGGAUGGAAACCUCUGCAGGUUCCCUCAGUGGUUUGACCAUGGCUGUUACCCCAGCACAGAUGGGCAGGGCAGCCAGAACAUCUGCUUCACUGUGUCAGACACCCGGGCAGACGUCCUCCCAGACCCCUUUCAGAACACCGAAGAGCGUGCGCCGAGGACCAGCUGCAGUGGAAGGAGAGCGCAUCCUGGGAACGCCCGACUACCUGGCACCGGAGCUGCUUACAGGAAAGCCUCAUGGUUUUAUGGUAGACUGGUGGGCUCUUGGUGUGUGUCUGUUUGAAUUUCUGACUGGAGUUCCUCCAUUCAAUGACGAAACUCCCCAGCAAGUUUUUCAAAACAUACUCAACAGAGAUAUACCUUGGCCAGAGGGUGAAGAAGAAUUGUCGCAGGAUUCAAAGUUUGCCAUAGAGGCCCUGCUGACCACUGAUGUUGCUCAAAGGGCAGGGCUAAAAGAGCUAAAACAACAUUCCCUUUUUGAUGGUCUGGACUGGGAUAAUCUACAAAACCAGGCGAUGCCCUUCAUACCCCAACCAGAUGAUGAAACCGACACUACCUACUUUGAAGCCCGAAACAAUGCCCAGCAUCUUACUGUUUCUGGUUUUAGUCUAUAGUGUAUAUACAAACUAUUAGUAUGUAAAAUGCAAAGUAUAAAUUCUUCCUGGAACCUCCGGAAGUAUACAAGGAGAAAGGAGGGGGUAGAAAUGUAGUAUCUACUGCCAACUUUGAAUUUAAGCUUUCAAAUCUAUUUAGAUCUGGGAUGUGCAAUUACAACAAAACCCACAGUACUGCCCACUGCUUACCCCCAAAAAUUAUUCUGGUUGAACAGUCCAGGUAGGUGUUGGAUAAGUGCUGUUCCAAACCCAUGUUUUGGGCAUGGUGUCUUACAAAGGAACAAUGUAUCCAUAGAUUCUCUUAAAACAAGAAACCAAAUUUUAACACUACAAAAAAAAAGAAAAGUAAUUCCAGCCUUUCAGACCUUUACAACAUUUCUGUAUCAUUGUCAAGGUGUGGUAUGAGGAAGUCAAUAGAUUAGUAAUAGAAAGGAAAAUUGAGUUUGAAUUGGGAAGGGAAUGGUUCAAAUAAAGUAUUGUAUGCAGGAAAAUAAGGUUCUAUCCAGAAAUGUUUUUUUUUUUGGUUAUCUGACUAAAAUAUUUUUAAGAUGUGAAUUUACUGCCAACCAGUGUAACCCUAAAUGUACAUUGUUGAAAAGUUAAAAAAAAAAAAAAAAAAAAAAAAAAAAAAAUGGGUGCAGCUUUACAGUGAGCAAUGAGUAGACCUACAUGUACAGUAGGCUAUGAUAUAAACACUAAAACCCAGGUGUUCUAUGCAAAUUCAAUUAACAGUGUUCUGUGCAGGAAACCCCAUUAGUCUUAAAUCUCUAAAAACAUUUCACACAUUGGGCUAAAGUGUCAAAGCUAUUUACUCAUUCAUCAUUACCAAUUACCAAUUUUUUUUCAGUCAGGAGAAACGCAUCCAAUAAAGCUACCAAACCAGAAAUAAACAACUAAGACUUUUCAUUCAAGCCCCUGAAUUAAGUAUGACGUUGUUUCUUAUUUGUUUUACUGUAGAUGUUUAUUGCUGUUUUCUCCAUUCAGGAAAAAAAAACUGCUAAUGGUUUGGAGUAAAUAUCUUUGAGACUCUAGUCCAUUGUGUUUUCUGAACUCAAACGGUUUUCCUUAAUCAAACUAAUUGCCUUAAUGCUAACCUAAAAGCACUUUAUUUUUCAAUAAACACUGUAAGUAAUCAUAACUAAUAGAAUAUUAAUUAACACCUGUUUUCUUUAUUACUGUGUGUAUAUCAUAUAGAUAUGCAUGUAGAGGUACACAUUGUUCACUGUUUGCAGUGCAGCUGCUAAAGCAUGGCUAAUAUAGCCUUGCUGGAAACUACCGUAAUAACGCGAAAUAACGCACUGUCUUGUAAUAAAGCAAUACGUAUUAUUUUCUUUGUGGUCCUUUUUAUACAGUUCUGUACUUUGGCCCAUCUGGGUGUGUGGCAUUUUGUGGAAUAUAUAUAUUUAAUCUUUUAAGAAAAUAUAAAAAUGCCAUAUGCAUGUGCACAUUUAAAGGCUCAUGCUGCUGUUUUAAUGAUAUUAAAGCCUUUAACAAAGCUAA